AUGAAGUGCUCAACACCACUUGCAAUCCUCGCCUUGCUGGUCGCCCCGGUGGCGUACGCGAAGGUUCAAGGUGUUACUGAGAUCGAAUGCGGAGGACAAGAGUGGAACAUGGACCAAGUUCAAUCCGCCUCCGAUGAGAGCUUUGAUCAUAUCAAAGCCGGAACUACAGUUGGCAAAAACGACUAUCCUCACAAGUUCAACAACCGUGAGGGAUUUGAGUUUAGCAAGGAUUGCACACAUCCUCUUUAUGAGUUCCCCAUUGUCUCAGGGGGCGAUUACGAAGGAGGGCCACCUAAGACAGAUCGUGUUGUUAUCGGAGCUGUGAAGGGAGAUACCGCCUACUUCUGUGGAGCUAUCACUCAUACCGGUGCGGUGGGAAAUAAUUUCAAAGAAUGCCGCGACCAGGGCAACAAAACUCGCUCUCGAGCGGAACGCCGGGUCAUGCGACGGGGAGUGAGGCUUCCCUCCAUGUAA